AAGCGAGGCUGUGUGGCGGUCACGUGACAGUACGUCACAGUAGCCGGGCUUAAAAUGGCGGCGGCCGAAGGAGAGUCCUCUCACAGUGUGUCAGAUGAAUUAUUUCAGAACUUUUACACGGAGGUGAAACAGAUAGAGAAGAGAGACUCUGUGUUGACCUCAAAGCAGCAGAUUGACAGACUCCUCAGACCCGGAUCCUCCUACUUCAACCUCAACCCCUUUGAGGUUUUACAGAUUGAUCCAGAGGCAACAGACGAUGAACUAAAGAAGAGAUUCAGAGCAUUGUCCAUAUUAGUCCAUCCUGACAAAAAUCAGGAUGAUCCUGACAGAUCGCAGAAAGCUUUUGAAGCUGUGGACAAAGCUUACAAGCUCCUACUCGAUCCAGAACAGAAGAAAAGAGCUUUAGAUGUGAUCGAGGCCGGAAAAGAAUAUGUGGAACAUAAUGUAAAGGAGAAGAAGAAGCAGCUGAAGAAAGACGGGAAAUGUCAAGAUGUGGAGGAGGACGACCCGGAAAUGUUUAAACAGGCAGUGUACAAACAGACAAUGAAGUUGUUUGCAGAGCUGGAGAUCAAGAGGAAGGAGAGGGAAGCGAAGGACAUGCAUGAGCGGAAACGAGCUCGAGAGGAAGAGAUCGAGGCGGCGGAGAAGGCGAAGCGGGACAGAGAAUGGCAGAAAAACUUUGAGGAAUCCCGGGACGGACGAGUGGACAGUUGGAGGACCUUCCAGGCGAAAGGAAAGAAGAGCAAAGAGAAAAAGAACCGAUCUUUCCUGAAGCCGCCCAAAGUCAAGAUGGAGCAGCGGGAAUGAUGCUGGGAAAACGGGACUUGACUCUAACCCCGCCCCCUCCACCCCUCCGUUCUGUGUUCUGGUGUCGUUGGCCGUCCGCAUGUUCGCCAAACGUCGGCGUCCUCCUCAUCACUAAAGUAGUUUUGUACUUGAUCUUGUAUAUAUAUAUAAACCUGUGAAGCAGAGAUCAUCCCCGCCUCCUGGAAGAAACAGAAGCAUCUUCUGCUGAAGAAAAAUGUUUUUUUUUAUUUGAAUAAAACGUCAUCUUAAAGUUU